AUGGGAAUUCGGUCGUUGGCUAGUUCUAUGGUGCUCCAUGCAAAGCAUCUGUUUAGGGCAAGGGCUAAUAUUCAUGAUUUGAGUGGAAGUAGCAUCAAAACUGAUGUUUCAAGAGGUCACUUGGCAGUUUAUGUUGGAGACGAUGAUACUCUUCAGUCUUGUAAUAAUAAAAAUAACCAUCGUUUUGUGGUUCCAAUUUCCUAUCUGAAGCACCCUUUGUUCCAAGAUUUACUUCGACGUGCUGAGGAAGAACAUGGAUUUGCACAUCCCAUGGGUGGUCUCACCAUUCCAUGCAGUAAAACUGCCUUUCUUGAUAUGUCUUCCCAAUUCAACGAGGCACUGUAA